AUGUACGACAGCUCGUCCUUCAAUUGUUUUGUUCGCAGCAUUGGACCAAUCAGAUCGGAGAAAAAAGAGGUUCUGAUUCUCAUCUGGCUCUGGCCUUUCAAUAAAUCGUUUGACCUGGAGGCCUGCAAGUCACAGUUCAACAUAGAGAGCUGUCGCCUCACGGCGGAUCGUGAUCUGUACGACAAAGCAGAUGCCGUCCUUGUACAUCACAGAGACAUUAUUUGGUACCCCUCCAAUUUGCCCACAUCCCCUCGUCCUCCGCACCAGAAAUGGAUUUGGAUGAAUUUGGAAUCGCCAUCAAACACGCAACCGAUCCCUCAUCUGGAUAACCUAUUUAAUGUUUCGCUCAGCUACAGACAGGAUGCAGAUAUCACAGUGCCGUAUGGGUGGGUCGUUCCAACCCAUCAGGAAUUGAAUAAUUUCAUUCCACCCAUGAAGGACAAAAUGAUCUGUUGGAUUGUCAGUAACUUUCAGUUUUACCACAAGAGGGCACACAUAUACCAGGAGCUCCAGAGGUACGUGGAAAUCCACACCUUUGGUGCCGCUUUCGACCAACCUGUUUCUGAGGAGAGUUAUCAGGAAAUCCUAUCCAGCUGUAAAUUUUAUCUUUCGUUCGAGAACUCGGAGCACAAUGACUACAUUACCGAAAAACUCUACAACGCUUUACAGCUCGGUACAGUGCCUGUGGUACUAGGCCCAUCUAGACAAAACUACGAGCGUUUCGUCCCCCGUGAUGCAUUUAUCCACGUUAAUGACUUUCCUUCUGUGAGAGCUCUGGCGAAGUAUCUGCUUCUUUUAAGCAGGCAUGAGACGCUGUACAGGCGGUACUUCAACUGGAGGCGACAUUUUGAAGUGAAGAUCAGCUCUUUUCCUGCGAAGCAUGCUUGCUACAGCUGUGAUUUCAUCAGACGACACAAAGAGUACCAAGUGCUCACCAAUCUUUAUCAGUGGUACUGGGGUAUGAAUGGAGAACUAGAUGAGCCAUGGUUUAGGUCAAAAGAUCAUCAAAACCAACAAUUGCACGUCUGGGCUAAAAGCCACACCAAGGCAGACGGCUGGGAGCGGGGAGCACACACAGGCACUGGGGCGAAGAACCACACACGUUCGGGCUCCGGCCAGACAACGAACGGUGGGAGAGAGUGUGUAAGGCCGAUCACCUCACGCAGGGAGAGUCGUAGUCAACCCAGCUGCUGGCACACGAGACAGGUGGUAGAGAGAAAUCCUGCAACGGGCAGAGAGAGAGAGAGGCGGUCAGAGUCUUCAGCAGAGUCCGUGCUGGACAGCGCACAGCGGCAGUCCGAGUCUUGCGCAGAAUUACGCGCCGGAGCGCACUGCGGCUGGACAGCGCAAGAUGGAGACAGGCGCUUGGAGAAUCCACGGACAGAGUGUACACAGCGGCUUGAAGGGAGACACACCACUCAGGAGAGACAGACAGCUGGCGAGGAAUCUACUGGGAAAAGUCAGCAGAGAGACCACGGAGAGUAA